CUAAUGGAGAGUCAAGAAGAGGAAAGAGAAGAUGUGAGACUUGUUUCUCAGGGUGGUGGUGGAGAUGGGGUUUUCCGGAGUUACUGUUUUCUGAUUGCAGAGUUUGCAGGUUUCAUCAUCAACCGAAUGGUGUUAUUUUAUCUAAUUUUUCAAUAUGAAUAUCCGGAUUCAUCAAUCAUCAGUUAUCUUAUUUACACAACAAACAAUCUAAUGGAAGCAGUAUAUCUAAGUGAAAUCGUCGCCGGUGAUGAACCCAUAUUAACUCACCCCAUCCAUGCCUUUGCGGGACGAUUUAUAUUUUGGAUUGAGCGACUUACACACUUGUUUGCUUCAGUCUAUUUUCAAUGUGGAAAACAUUGGAUUAUCCCUGCAGUAUUAUUUUGUUUCACAAAUACUGUUUUCAUUAUCAAGUUUAUGCAAUGGAUUUAUAAAUGGAUGAACAAUGGAAAACCGUUUAUAAAAGUUGGAAUAGUAGAGAAGGAUGUGCAGGAAGAGAAAGUUGAGCCAAACCAAGAUCCAUUGAGAGCUGAAAUACUUGAGGAAGAAAACUUACCCGAAGAGAAAGUUGAGUUCGACUUGGAAGGUGGAAUAGUUGAGGAAGAGAAGACACCAAAGGAGAAAGUUGAGUUGGAUCAAGAGGUAUUAGAAGGUGAGAUGGUCGAGAAAGACAAGUUAUCCAAGGAGAAAGUUGAGUUUCAGGAGCCAGAUUUAUUUGAAGAAAACAAGUUACCGAAGGAGGAAGUUGAGUUGGAUGGAGAAGCUUUGAAAUUGGAGUGGGUUGAUUAUUCGGAUCCACAUGAUUUCGAAGAAUUUCGUUGGUUAGCUGUGGCCCUCAGAGAUCAUGAUGAGUUAGUCAAGGAGCCGAAGGAAGAUCCACUGAAAACUGAUUUUGAGGAUAGGCCACCACCACUGAAAGAAGCAAAUGGUAAAUGGAAUGAAGAUCUUGAAGAUGAUGACGAUGAUGAAGAAGAAAACAGAUUGAAAGACUACAAAGAACAAUGCCUCAUCUUGGAGGAAGAGAAAAAGGUUCUCACUGCUAAGCUUGCUGCCAGUUUAGAGUCUCUAGAACAAUACCUUCAAAACGAGAAAGAUUAUCUGGAGGACCGAAACAAUUGGGUGAUAGAGAAGCAAAAUCUUUCUCUAAAGCUUGACAAUGCCCGUGCUGCAUAUUCACAAGCAAAAGAUGAUGCUUCACAGGCCUCUUUAUCCUCCACACAGACGCAACAGGGACUUCUCAAUGAGAUAGUUGAAAUGAGUUCAUUGUACCGAUGUUAUCACGUACAGUGCCUGGAAUUGCUUGAAGAAAGAAAUCUUCUAUCAUCUCAGCUGAAUUUCGCAAACUCAUCAGCCGAAUUUUACAAAGCUUGUUGGGAAGAUUCCAAAUACGAAUGUCGCAAAUUGAGAGAAGAGAGAGAUGAGCUGACCGCAAGGCUUACUGCCGAAACUUGUUAUGCUGAAUACUAUCACAAGCUAAUUCAAGAGAUGGUGGAGAAGAACGAAAAUGUCGUUGAGGAAAUGGAGGAGAAGAACAGAAAAUUGGAGGAAGAGAAGAUUGAUGUUGUUGCUAAGCUUCGUGCAGCCAAAAUACUGGCAGAACUCUACCGUAGCUAUCUACAUAAUUGCGGAAUUUAGACCUUUCUUGUUUUUUUCAAGUUAUUAUUAUUUACUCCAGUUAUCAUUUCUCUGGACAUUAAUAGCCUUGGUGAAACAGGAUUUUUUUUUUU